AUGGGCCAAGGCUCAAGCACAUUCGUCGAUCACGCAGCUGCGACGGUCGACAUCCCUGGCAAGGGCACACUCGUCGGUCGAGUUGCCACGGACAACACUACCGGCCAGUUCAAGUCGCAACGCUAUGCUGGCAUUCCUUAUGCUCGACCACCCCUCGGACCUCUCCGUUGGAAGCGACCACAACCACUCCCAGACUCCUUCCGAUACGAUGCUGACGGCAAGUCGUACCGUCAAUUUGCCAGUCAAAGCCCCCAAUCGACCAACUACGCACUCACUAACGGCGUCACUCGGCCCGACGCGCCAGUCAUCCCGCAAAGCGAAGACUGCCUCUACCUCAACGUCUGGUGCCCUGUGCAGUCUGAUGGCUCUCGGACAGCGGACAAACUUCCGGUGCUCUUCUUCAUUCACGGCGGCUGGCUUCAGAUCGGCAAUGCGCACCUCGCUCCCGGCACCGAUCCCAGCGACCUGCUGCACAAGGCCGGCCUCGAUGCCAUCGUCGUCACCACAGCCUACCGCCUCAACGCAUUUGGAUUUUUCGCUCACGACGCACUCCGCCACGAGGACCCGGACCACCUCACGGGCAACUACGGCUUCUGGGACCAAAGAGCAGCGCUCGAAUGGGUCUAUCGCAACAUUGAGCAUUUCGGCGGCGACCCGGGUAACAUCACUGUCAGCGGUCUAUCUGCAGGCGCACACAGCACACACUCACAGCUCAUGCACGAAUUCGAUCUCUCGACGCGCGACGCUUCGUACACCCCGAUCAUCCGCCGCAUCUUUCUGCAGUCCAACGCGGCCAUCUGGCCGUCCAAAACGGUCUCGGAAACACGCGGCCAGCUGGACGAGCUGUGCGCAUUGCUUGGCGUACCAGCGCACUUGAGUGAAGCGGACAAGAUCGCGCGGUUGAGGGACGUGGAUGGUCUGGCGCUGGUGCGUGUGCUGGCAAAAAUGGACAUGCAUACGUUCAGGGCGACGCGCGAUACGCAGCCAGGUGCGUUUGUCCGGCCGGACUGGACGAGCGCGAUGAUGGAUGGCAGGCUGGCGCAGUGGUGCCAGAAACACGAUGUGCGCUUCGUGAUCGGCGAGUGCGACGAUGAAGCGUGGGUGUAUCGGUAUAUCAACACUCCGGUGGACAAGCGGUCGCUGGUGCGGCAGGUGAAUAACUAUUAUACGCUGUCAUUGGUAGAGAAGAUGCUGCCUUUCUAUGGGGUCGACGUUGGAGAGACAGCACGAAGUGGGCAACACUCAUCAGCUAAGAGCAAAGGCAGCAACGGUGACGUUCAAGAACCCGCUGGAGAACCCUCGCUGUACUCGACACUGGGCGUCAAGCCGUCGGCUACACCCGCCGAUAUUCGAGCCGCCUACCUUGCCCAAGUGCGCCUGCACCACCCCGACAAGCUACAACAGCAAGGCGGCACCAACCAGCCAGCAGCGCCAGUCGACGCUUCAAGCCUCGCCGACACUCUCCCACAAUCCGACGAGCUCAUCCGCCAGCUCAACCACGCCUACAAGACGCUCAGCGAUGAUUCACAACGGAUACAGUACGACGCGUCGCUAGCAGCGGCCGCUUCUCGCGGGUCUUCCGCUGGCACCACGCCACGCAUAGCCGCUACGGUGGAUUUCGAGUCGUUCCAGCUCGUCGAGGCAGGCGAGGGCGCGUCGUGUAUGAUGUUCACCUAUGCCUGCAGGUGCGGGAAUGCGUAUGCGAUCUCGGAGGAGCAGGUGCAUGAGCGGGUGGACGUGGUCAGUUGCGGCGGGUGUUCGGAGAACAUCCGCAUCAAGUACGAUGAUGACGCGGAGGAAGAGGAGGCACACCGCGAGUGGACGGCGGACGAGAUCGGCCAGAUCUUUGGGCGCGUGUGCUCAGAUUCGCAGGUGUACAUCGCCGAGCGGAUGCUCGUUCGCGACCUGAUCGACGGCGGUUUGGCUCCAGACCGCAUCCUGAGAUACCGCAUCAACUAUCGCGCUCACAUCUUUGACCGUGCUCUGCCCUCCUACAAAGGCGUCAGCCACUCGUUCGACGAUUCGCUCUGGUGGUUCACUGGAUUGCAGUCGGGGCAUGAGGAGAUGCUGGUGAAGCAGUGGUUGGCGCCAUGGAAGGCGUUUGUUCACGGUCGAGGCGCGAGUGAAGAGUGGUACGCGCGCAAAGAGCCGGACGGGUCGCUCCUUCGGGUUCUCAGGGAAGACGGAUCGGUGAGCGUUGAGAGCGACGCAAGGUGGGAGGAGAAGAAGGAAUUGAUAGAGGCGAUGGUGAAGGUGAGGAAGGAGUUGGUGGAAAAGUGGUGA